AUGGCUGAGAUCUAUUCCUUAUAUCUAAUGGAAAUUCUUAUACAAGCCAAUGGUACUCUCCCUCUUGAAGAUGUCUGGCAAUAUUUCCUUAUGCAGUUUCCGCAUACGUGGGAUAAUUUUCCAGACUUUGAGGCAUUCGUGCACUCUCAAUCCAUGUUGUUUGGAGUUCAAAAUAACUAUGUCUUUCUUAAGGACACUCAGGCGAUUGACUCGAUCGCUUAUUAUAGAAAUGAUUUUAACCCAGUUUUUCCUCUUACUCAAGUUCAUGUUGGUCCCCUACCGCCACCGCCGCGAAUCCUCCAUGCCCAAGAUUUCACUGCAGAAGCUGAAGCUGUAAAGUACUUUCAAAGACAGAUCAGCCGCCGCAAUGAACCUUGGGUUCCAAUCAAGAGUCUGGCAGGGCACCUUUCUCAGGCCUCUGCCAACAUUCGAGCUGUUGUAGGACCCCAGUCCGACUUUUUGUACUUUCUUCUGAGACAUCCGCGCAUCUUUGAAGUGCAAGGAGAUUUAGUUAGCCUGCGUGAUGAGGUGAGGCUGAACUAUCUUUCUCGCCAGAGCACUCAAAUUCGUCAAAACGGCAGCAGACGAAAUCGUCCCCUCUCAAUGUAUGUUUCUUCUGGCAUUUGUUCCCUGCCACAAAGCAAAAAUGAGACGUCAGAGUAUUCGAACGUAAGCGUAUACUCCUCUCAAUCAGUGCAAAACUUGCCACAGCAGACUCUGAUGUCAGAGCAACUAAACUCCUCUCAGACCAUCCUCAUAUCUCUCGUCGAUUAUGCAGCGGCCAUGUGGUUGCGCCAAGCCAUCGAAAAGUUGGGAGGCACUAAAGAUUGUGGAGUAUUAUUAGAUGACCUGAUGCAGGAGUUUGUGUCUGCUCCUGUCAACAUUCGUAAUUCUGUGGGCCUGACUCGAAUCGAGGUAACGGAGUUCUUGGAGAAGUUCAACCAACUCUUUGAAAUCGACCAAAUUAUGUGCAAGAAUAAGGUGCUGGAUAAGGCGAGCACCACAUUUAUCAUCUCCGACUCUGCGAGUGCUAACAGCAGAAGCAUCUCGCUCAUAAACAAGAAGGGCAUAGCCUAUUGCAUCUCGAGAUCCUGGGGGAUUAUUGACCUGGGUCAACAUGAGCAUGUUUUUUUCGACCGGUCUUUAUUCAAGCAUGUCGAAAAUUUGACAAAACACUUUGCGGUGGGCGAGACGCUGUGUUUCAACGCUGUUCUGGCGCCAAAGGAGUCACGCGCCAAGUGGCGGGCGACGCGCGUAUGGAAGGAGACAGACAUCCUGGCUGCGCAACUCACGGAGCUGGGUUUGGCUUCUUCAUUGACGUCGCAAGUAUGCGAUUACUCCUCUUCCAUUGCUUCCAGCACCCCCUCGGAGGGCAACUCCGACUCGGGUGUACAGGACGCUACCGUACAGAAACCUCCCUCUUCCUCCGUCUCAACUGGACUCGAGAGCCUCCUCAACAACUCCGAGUUCAACAUCGUACGUCUGGACGUCGGCAGUUCUGAUAAACUCCUCGUCUUGCAGGAACCCGAAGGUCUCGAUGAUAGCGAGGGCGAAGUCAACAACAUCAGCGACGGCGGAAAAGUUGCCUGCGGUGGUACAAAAGAUCUCAAGUCUUCGCCCAGAGGUGCCGAUAUCGUGGAAGGUGACCAGAGUGAUGACAACACUAGUUCCGACUUGAACACCAUGUCAGACAUCCCCAGUAUCUCCUCUUGCCUGCCCGCAUCUGUGGCGAUGGGAAAUUUUGUGUCUUCGGGCACGCAGACCUACUUUACGGGUGACAUCCUCGCCAAGAAGGUUUAUCAUGAGAUUGUGAAUAGCGAACAGCAGCAGGAUGAAGCUGAGCUCAGCUACACGCCUAAGGAUGGAGGCCGCGCCAAAAUGUCAGUCCUUGUGAAUCCUGUGUGCAUAAGGGGGUGUUUAGAUCAGAGUGACUCUGAUUUCCUACCCGCGAAUGCAUUUGAGUCUAAACCUAAUAAGGUGCAAAAUUGGUGA